AUGGCACAAGACACAUCUGGCGGCGACAAUGUGAUGGACAGCUCAGACACUUCCAGCAUGGAGACUGAUGAUCCCGAGGGAAUGACUGUUUCUCCUCAAGAGCAUGCUUGGGCAUUAGAGAUCAAGACUGCUGCUGAAACUCCAAACAGUGGAUUCCGGCCCAUCUCCGACUUUGAGUAUGCACAGUAUGCCUUAGUGACAAGGGGUAGACUCAAUGAAGCAUUGGCACGGAUCCGAAAAAUCCAAAGCUUUCAAGCACAGUACCAAGUUGAUAACACCCCCAGUCAAGGUGUAUCCAUCGUGGAGCAGUUUCGGCACUUGCAACCAACUGCUCUACUGAAUCUUGACAAGCACCCAGACACCGGUGACAGCAUCAUUUGCUUUGAUCGAUCAACAUACUUUCCAGCAAUCACUAAGGCACCUUCUCCAGAUCAUACAGACCCUGAGCACAACUGGAAGAUUGAUAUCUUAUUCUGGUAUUAUGCUCUCAGGACCGUACAACCCGACUUCCACACCAUCCGACAUGGGGUCGUCUUUCUCUUUGAAGCCAUGGGUUUAGGGAAGGACAAUGUAGACGUGUCCCUUGCAAAACGACUGCACCGGGAAAUGUGGGCCUACUAUCCCUUUGAAAUCCAAAGGACAAGGAUUUACAAUGCCAACCAAUCCGUCCCUUUGCUCGUGUCAGCGUUGCAGUCCCUUUUGAGACCGGAAGAACUUCAAUGUAUAGAAACAGGAUGCACGGUCCAUGGUGACGAUGAUGAUGGCUUCCAUCAAAGUACGGACCGAGCUACCAAUUCACCUCCGCUCACUCUUGGCGACAUAUACCUUCAACCAACCGUGGACCAAUCCGGCCGAUACCUUCUCGCUCGAAUCAUGGAGCUUUUGACGUUACGCUCCCAGAAUGAAGAAUCGUUUCGGCUAUAA